CCCAGGAUCCUGCUCAUUAACGAGCGGGAUUUAUCCCCGGAGGGAGCGAAGCGGGGACGGGGAGGGUGGGAAAGCGGCGGAGGGGCGAGCCCGGGUCCCCCGCUUUGAGCACCCCGCAGCCCUUGGGGCCGGCAGCGGGGCUCGCCGUGAGCACCCUCGGGCCGGGAUGCGGGCUCGGCCGGGCUCCCGGUGCUGAGGUUUGCGGCGGGAGCGGCGCGGGGGAGGCGGCGGGAGGGGGCGCGGGGCGUGCGCGGUGCGGGAGCGGCCGGGAGCCGUGCGGGAGGGCGGCGGAGGAGGCACCGCAUUGCUGCUGCUGCCGCCGCCGCCGCCGCCGCUCCUCCUGCCGCUGCUGCCGCUGCUGCCGAGCCCCGCGAUGCCGCCGCGCCCGCCGCUGCCCCCGGCCCUGCGCCCCAGCCAGCCCGGCCGGAGGCGGGGGGCUCCGUGGGGGCUCUGAGCAUCGUCCUCCCCCCCCACCCCCGGGGCUGCCCAGUGCUCGCUUUUUCCUUUUUUUUUUUUUUUUUUUUAAUCUUCCCUUCUCUUGGCAUUUGGCCUCUUUUUUUUUUUUUUUUUUUUAAUUUUUUUUUCCCUCCUUUUCCCCCACCCCCGUUCCCUGCCUUGGAUGGUUUUUAGGUGGAGUCGUUUGCACCAAAACCCAAUAGCUGCUGCUGUUCUUGCUGCUAUUUUUUUUUUUUUUUUAAUGAUCCUGUUUCCACAGCAGGGGAAGAGAGAACUGAUCCUCAACAUACUCCCAGAGAAUGAAUAAUCACAAGAAACUGGUUUAAGCAGCUCCCUGGAACUGGUGCAUGAUUUCGAUAGAGUUCGAUUUGAUUUAAUUUUUUAAAUUUUUAUUUAUUUCUUUUUCCCCAAGUCAUCGUUCACAUUUUAUUUCCUGCCUUUCUUCCUAUUCUUUUUUUUUCUUUCCUUUUUUUUUUUUUUUCACCUUUUGGGAGAUUUGCAAACCGAAUUACAUGCAUGUCCAGUGGGGGAAGGUUUAAUUUUGACGAUGGAGGGUCGUACUGUGGAGGCUGGGAGGACGGAAAGGCUCAUGGCCAUGGAAUCUGUACCGGCCCGAAGGGUCAAGGUGAAUAUUCGGGCUCCUGGAGUCACGGCUUUGAGGUGCUGGGGGUCUACACUUGGCCCAGUGGCAACACUUACCAGGGCACCUGGGCGCAGGGCAAGCGCCAUGGCAUUGGCAUGGAGAGCAAAGGGAAGUGGGUGUACAAAGGAGAGUGGACCCAUGGAUUUAAGGGACGGUACGGGGUCCGGGAAUGCACUGGAAACGGGGCCAAGUACGAAGGAACCUGGAGCAAUGGAUUACAGGAUGGCUACGGGACAGAGACCUACUCGGAUGGAGGGACAUACCAGGGCCAGUGGGUCGGAGGGAUGCGCCAGGGUUACGGCGUCCGGCAGAGCGUUCCCUACGGCAUGGCUGCGGUCAUCAGGUCACCCCUGAGGACAUCCAUCAACUCCCUGCGCAGCGAGCACACCAACGGCACGGCGCUGCACCCCGACGCCUCGCCCGCCGUGGCCGGCAGCCCGGCCGUGUCCCGCGGCGGCUUCGUCCUCAUGGCCCACAGCGACGCCGAGAUCCUCAAGAGCAAGAAGAAGGGAAUCUUCCGGCGCUCGCUGCUGAGCGGGCUCAAGCUCCGCAAGUCCGAGUCCAAGAGUUCCUUGGCCAGCCAGCGGAGCAAGCAGAGCUCGUUCCGGAGCGAGGCCGGCAUGAGCACGGUCAGCUCCACGGCCAGCGACAUCAACUCCACCAUCAGCCUGGGCGAGGGCGAGGCCGAGCUCUCGGUCAUCGAGGACGACAUCGACGCCACCACCACCGAGAUCUACGUGGGCGAGUGGAAGAACGACAAGCGCUCGGGCUCGGGUGUGAGCCAGCGCUCGGACGGGCUCAAGUACGAGGGAGAGUGGGCCAACAACAAACGCCACGGCUACGGCUGCAUGACCUUCCCUGAUGGCACCAAGGAGGAGGGCAAGUACAAGCAGAACAUCCUGGUCAGCGGCAAGAGGAAGAACCUUAUCCCGCUGCGCGCCAGCAAGAUCCGGGAGAAGGUGGAUCGGGCCGUGGAGGCGGCCGAGAGGGCGGCCACCAUCGCCAAGCAGAAAGCGGAGAUCGCGGCGUCCAGGACCUCUCACUCCAGGGCCAAGGCGGAGGCGGCCGUGACGGCGGCGCAGAAAGCGCAGGAGGAAGCGCGGAUCGCCAGGAUCACUGCCAAAGAGUUCUCACCUUCCUUCCAGCACAGGGAGAACGGGCUGGAAUGCCAGCGGCCGAAGCGGCAGAACUCGAGCGAUGACAUCGAGGUCUUGUCCACCGGGACCCCCCUGCAGCAAGAGAGCCCCGAGCUGUACCGCAAAGGCACCACCCCGUCCGACCUGACCCCCGAGGACAGCCCGCUGCAGAGCUUCCCUGCCAGCCCCUGCUCCACGCCGCCCCUCGGCCCCUCCUGCAGGAACAAGAGCGCUCACUUCUCCAGGCAGGUCUCGGUGGAUGAAGAGAGGGGCGGUGAGAUCCAGAUGUUGCUGGAAGGGCGCGGUGGGGAUUACCUGCGUCCCAAUAGCUGGAGCGAAGAGAAGGUGGGAGGGAGCCGCGCUGGGAGGAGCGGGACGAUGCGCAGCGGGCAGCUGGGCUCCACCGCUGUCCCUGAAGAUUACAGAGCCCGCAGCGGGGCACACAAACAUUCAGCCUCCAACCACAAGCCGAGAGAGAGGUGGACAGAUUCCCCAGCCACGGUUUCAUGGACUUCUCAUCAUAGGUCCCACAAUCACAGCUCAGGGAGCUCCAAGCUGCUUGAGCUGGAUGAGGAGAAGAUGAGCAAUUAUGAGAUGGAGAUGAAGCCCCUCAUGAGGAUGGAUUCUUAUAUGCAAGAGAUUCACACCCAAAAAAGACACUACAGCAAAGGGGGAGGCUGCAGGAGCGUGGCUGACGAGCACCGUGGGGAAGAGCGGGGCUUCGGGGUUCAGAGACUGAGGUCUAAGUCCCAGAACAAAGAGAAUUUCAGGCCAGCUUCCUCUGCCGAGCCCACGGUGCAGAAACUGGAAAACCUGAGAUUCGGGGACAAAGCUGAACCUCGGCUACUGAGGUGGGACUUAACCUUCUCCCCACCACAGAAAUCUUUACCUGUUGCACUAGAAUCUGAAGAGGACAGUGGGGAUGCGCUCAAAUCCAGUACGGGUUCAGCUCCCAUCCUGGUAGUCAUGGUGAUCUUACUAAAUAUUGGAGUCGCCAUUUUGUUUAUUAACUUUUUCAUCUAAUUCAAGACUGUCUUGUUUGCAAAAACAACAGUUACAUGUAUGAAUGGGGGAAAAAACAAACAAAACAAAACAAAACAAUACCAGAACCAAACAACAACAACAAAAAAAAAAAUCAAAGGGAAAAAUCAUAACUCGAACUGUCCUCCGACAAUUUCCAAGUCUUUUCACAGAAGAACAACAAAUGAUCGAGUCUCACUCACAGUUUGCCUUUUUUCCUGGGUAAUGUUUUUUGGAUUUUAGCCAAAAUUCUUUGCUUGUAUAACACUAUGCUGUGUGGCAUGGCAAAAUGCUAUCAACACUCUGCCCCCCCAGCACUGGGAAGGAUGAGAAGGAAUCCCAACAAAAGAAAAAACCUCGUUUCUCUUCCCCUCA